AUGAAUUUCCAGUCAGUCCCACUAUUCGUGAUUCUCUGCGGUUUUGUACUCUCGCAGUCUCAUGAGGCAGACCAGCAUCAAGAUACUUCGGUCCACCAACUCGACAAUUCCGAGGAUCCGUCCCAGGUCGUUACGGUUGAGAAGCACGAGCCGACGGCUCACCUUGAGGCUCGACAACCGGUCCCUUCAGGCUUGUUUUCAGCCGCACGCCAAGUGAAUAAAGCUAUCGGCCGAGUCCCUGAGUCUGCGAGUAGGUGUCCACUCCCGACGACUUCCUGUCCCAUCGUAUCGAACACCCCCUCCAAGAAAAUACUCGCAAGAACCUAUGCCCACAAGAAUCAAUCGAUCGCUUUGCCUUGGGAAUGCGUUAACCUCCAAGAAGAAUUGACUGCUUGUGGAGCUUGCCAUAACAAUUGUAUGAAAAUCAAACAUGUUAAGCAUGUAGGAUGUGAGAAGGGCAACUGUAAGAUUUUCACUUGUCGGGCUGGAUACACUAAGGUCAAACAAGCUUCCAAAGUCCACAAGGGCCGAACCAUUGACCGAUGCGUCUUAGCGAGGAAAGGUCGCGCGUAG